AUGGCAUCGUACAUUGACAAUGACGACUUGCUGAUCCAUUGCUUCCAAGACAGUCUGUAUGGAGCUUCUCUAGACUGGUACAUGAGUUUUGAACACCCUAGAAUUAGGUCAUGGAGAGAUCUAUCUGAGGCAUUUCUGAAACAAUAUAAGUAUAAUCUUGAUAUGGCACCGGCAAGGCUGCAGUUACAGAAUCAAGCGCAGAAACCCAAUGAGACCUUUAAAGAGUAUGCUCAUCAUUGGCGCGAGAUGGCUUCCAGGGUCAGACCAACUUUGUCAGAUAAUGAACUUUUUGAUAUCUUCAUGGGUAGAGUCCAAGGGUUGUAUUGUGAGAAGAUGAUUGAGAAUUCUUCUUCAAACUUUGCAGAUAUGGUAACUAUCGGUGAAGGUGUAGAGAAUGGGCUGAAAUCAGGGAAGAUCACAGAUACCACCACUCUGCAAGCUACGAAUAGGAAUUCACAUAGGGGAUUCGUGAAAAAGAAGGAGGGGGAGACAAAUGCUGUGACGAUAAGUGUCCACCCCCAAUAUCAGUUUCCAGUGGGCCCUAUGUCGUACUAUCCAUAUUCGUAUGUCGUCGCUGCUCAGUACCAACAACUGUCAUGUCAGUACCAACCACAGAAAGUAAUCAACAACCAACACCUGCUCAGAAAAAUCAGAAUCAACAAUACAACUGUGACAAUCAAACGCCAAGGCCGAGGUCAUAAUAACAAGAAUAAUUUUGGUAAUUGCCCUCAGAUUGAUAACAUUCGGGUGUCGUAUGCUGAACUGGUUCCAUAUUUGAUCCAUGUAGGGGAUAUUGUACUAAAAGAAAUCCCUGCGGCAUAUCCUCCUUUUCGUCCUAAGCACGAUCCUAAUGCCUUGUGCGCUUUCCACGUCGGGUAUAUAGGACAUUCCACAGAGGAUUGUUGGGGCCUCAAAUACAAGGUCCAAGACUUAAUUAAUCAGGAUAUUCUGUCUUUCUCUGAAGAAAAACGCAAUGUGAAAAUGAAUCCUCUACCUAAUCAUGGCGGUUCAAUAGUCAAUGUCGUGAUCGAAGAGGAAGGGGCAGAAUCCGUACUAAGGGCCGACGAUGUGAAGACUCCACUGUCAGUUGUGUUAAAGAGGCUUGAAUAG